AUGAGUAUUACAACAUAUGACAAUGAUUUUAAUUUAGAUGAACUUAAUGAUAUUAGUGAAUUUAAUGUCGGAUCACCAGAACCAAUAAAGCCAAAUAUUUCUAAUGAAUUUUUAGAUAUAGGAAGCGAUUGGGAUUCUGCGUUUGAAGAAGAAGAAAAAAAAGAAGAUGAGAAAUCAAAAAGUAUAAAACAGUUAAAGACAUUAAAAAAUAUUGAAAUUGAUUAUCAUGAAGAUAGUAUAAAUUCAGUAUUUAAAAAUAAAAUAGGAAACUUCUUUGAAUUAAGAAAAUCUGUUUUAGUAGAAGGAUUUAAAGAAGAAGAAAAAGAAUUAAGAGAAAAAGUAUGGGCAAUAUUAUUAAAAAGAAAACCAUUAAAUACUGAUGAAUAUAUUCAAUAUUGUAAUUUAUCUAGAUUAAAUCAAACGAUAAUAGAAUUAACCCAAAAUAAAAUAGUUCAAAAAAUUAGUAAUGCAAUUGUUAAUUGGUUUGAUAAAAGAAAUCAACAAUGGUACAAUAUUAAUACAAUUAUACAUUUAAUAAAUGUAUUUUUAUCUAUAACAAAUGAAUUAAAUACAUUUUAUUGUUGUAUUGCAUUUUUAUCAAAACAAUCUAUUUAUUAUUCAAAUAAAAAAGCUUGGAAAUAUGCUCUAAUCAGUAUUUUAUCCAUUGUAGAUAUGGAUCUUUGUGUUCAUAUUGUUCAAUAUAUUGAUGUGGUAGAACCUUGGUUACAAAGUUAUUGUUUAACCCUUUAUUCUUUAGAUGAUUCUUUAAAGUUGAUGGAUUAUUUAAUUGCAACUCAUCCUUCUUUUUGUUUAUAUGUUGUUAGUGCUUUAGUAGUUUCUUAUCAUUCAGAACUUCUUCAUUCUACUUCUCUUGAAUCAGAUUUAAAAUCUUUAAAACCUGUUCCAAUAAAUAAAAUUCUUCAUUUCUCUAAUAUGCUUUAUACCCAGUCAUAUAUGUCAGUACGUAAUUACAUUGAUCUUCUUUAA